CACCAACCCCAAUCGCGUCAUGUUGAAGAGCUUCGUUGCUGCCAAGCCCGUGAUGGCGCGUACGCUCCGCACCGCUUUGCUUUCGACAAAAGCGCCCGCCGCCAUGCGCAUUGCGUUCUUCUCGGACGCCAACUACGACACCAAGACGAUGCAAGCGAUGGCUGCCAAGGAGGACAUCCAGCACGAACUCCACUUCUUUCCGCACCGACUGAGCUUGGGCACGGCGCCGAUGGCCAAAGAUUUUGACAUUGCCGUCGACUUUGUGAGCGGCUCCGUGGACGCCCCCGUGCUGAAAAAGCUCAAGGAAGUGGGCGUGCGGUCCGUCAUGCUCCGCUCCGUGGGCUUUGACACAGUCGACCUCGACAGCGUUGCAUAAGUAGAGCAGCCCAAUCAUUUGAAUAACUACGAGUGCACGUUUUACAUGUCA